AUGUCCAAUGAGACACAGAAGGCCGACCAGAUAACGUACAGGUUCUACACGAAGCUGACACUCGUCGUCCACCAUGCCAGGGCAACCUUGGAGGCACCGACAGAGGCCAAGGUCGACAAGUGGUUCAACUUGGAAACCCCAGACCCGGAGAUCUUCAGGGAGCAGACCCGUCUCUAUCGUAGUAUCUCGACCGUUCAGCCCGUACCCGCUUUCCAGCUACAGGUGCUCUUGUGCGUCCCGGAACUGGCGAGCAAUCAGGUCCUCGUCUACCAUGCCCCUAACUCAUCGCGGCUCCGCAUCGACCCGACGCCGACGUACGUCCUACUCGAGUCGUGGGACCUCAGCUUCCAGCCCGAGCAGCUGCACUCGCGUCGCGGCGAUGACCGCUCGGACAUCACACCACCAGCCAUCUACAAGCACGGUAUCUCGCUCUUCAGAGGCAUCUUCACGCUGCUGCGCAUACUCCCUGCGUGGAAGCUCGCGCGGCGCAGGCGGGCGGGCGGGACUCGGAACGGGAACUUCGGCAUUGAACUACGCAUCGCGGGGCAAGGGCAGAGCAGGGGGGAUAUCUUGGAUUUCGACACGCCACCUGCGCCAGGGGCCUCCCCGCUCGCGCAGGACGUGCACACCUUCGCGCCUAUCACGCACCCGACGGGGACGCUCUCGCUGUCUGUAACGUAUCUCACAACCCCGCACUUUGAGCUCGAUGCGCUCGAGUCGUUGCUGUCGUCGCGGUUCCUGUCGGACGAGGGCCCGGACUUUACGCCUACGCUGGUCAAGAACCAGCAGCGGGACUCGCUCUCGACCUCCCCCGGCAGCCUGCCCACGCGUACGUCAUUACCUCGCUCGCCGCCCUCUGCGUCAUUAGCGGACCGCUUCGUCGUCCCCCCGCCGAUGAGCUCGCGCACGACGUCGUUCCCGACCGUCGGCGGCAGCAGCCCCCGCAUGCCGAGUGUGGCGUUACCUUCCGCGAGUCCUCGCAUGCAGAAUGUGGCGUUGCCUUCUGUACGGCGGCUCUCUAAUGCUGGGAUGGGUGCAGGCUCUGCGUCAGGGCUAUCAGACGAGUCCUCACGGCAGGGCGCUGGCUCCAUUGGGUCAAGGGAUGACGGGCCAGGUGUGUCGGCGUUAGGCCCUCGGUUUCGGAAGGAGAGCCUCGGUGGAGGGCGGGGUACGGAGCAUUCGUCGGCUCAGGGAGCUUUGCCCAUUCGACGCCAGCCCAUGAACACUAUCAACCCCUUCAAGUCAUCGACCCUAUCCUCGGGCUCACCGUCGACACAUUCACCCUCACCGUCGCUCCGUCAGAACUCUCCGCUUUCCUCCCUGCCCGGAGGCCCGUCUCUUCCAUCUCGCCCUACCCAUACGUCGCCGACGUCGUCGCGUGCAGGCACAAGUGCUGUACCAGUCGCCGUGAAGAUGCCGUCUUCCCCUGUCACGCCGUUCCGACCAUCCCCGCCAUUCGCGCCGUCGAGCCUAGGUGACAGACGGUCAUUAGCUAGCGCUGAAGGGGUCACAGGCGGUAUUUCAGAGAGUCCCGGUGGUGCCAGGAAGCGAUACUCCAGCAGCUUCGGGCACCGGUAUGCCUCAACAGGAGGUGUGGGCAGCGAGGGCAGCGCAGGGAGUGGUCCAAGGGAAGGGGAACGUGUGGCUGGCGCCUCUUACCUGAGCGCGAACACGGAUGAUGACGAUAUCUCGGCGUUCGUGCAGGACAUCGACGCACGGAAACCGCUGCAGCGACUGCGCGAGCAGAGCGAAACCUCGCCGGCCGAGUCUCCGGUGGAACCCCAGGCUACAGCAGAGCCGGAGAGGCCGUCUGGCUUGCUCUCCCGCGCCCGCACGCUGUCGAUGCCCGAGCCGAUGUUGGCGACGGAGGCCGCGGUGGACGAGCGGCUGCGCGAGAUGAAAGGCGCGUUCGUGUCCAGCCUGCGGGGCCUCGACAGUCGGCGGCGCGCCAGGGGCGGCAUCCCAAGUCCGGGAGGGCGCUCAAAUGAUGCACGCGGUACGGGUGGCUCCCCCACUGAAGAGCGUCAGGGAGGUCUUCCCUUGGAUGGUGCUAGGAUCCCCCCUGCGAACACUGGGCUGCCCGCGACGUAUGUCCGGCCGAGGAUGGGUUCCACGGCGAGUGUCCGGUCUGGCUUCAGCGUCGCGUCGGGAGAGGUGCUGGGCAAGAUGGAUCCCGAGAUAUGCGACCAUCCUGGAAGAAGCGGCGCGCACUAG